AUCCACUGAACAAACACGCUCGGCCAUACUUCUCUUCCUUUCUUCAUUCCUUCUCUGUUCCAUUUUUUUCUGAUCGAUCUCCUUACCACCACAGAUCCUCAUCUCUGCACACACCGACGACCCCAUCCUCUUCUCCUCUCGGCCGAGCCUUGACAAAACUAUUUUUGGGUUGUCGCUGACUCCAUCUGCCCCAUUAUUGCAAAAGAAUGUUACCUCAUGGAAAGCCAGGAGAUUGCAAGUUGUCAAUCAUUGGAUCAAAGCUUUAAACAACCCUCUUUCCAUCACGAUAUGAAGGCAGAAUCACAGCAGAGGAUGAGUAAGGAAACAAUCACAACAGAUAAGGAAAUCACGUCCAAGCAGGAAACCAUAUCAAAGCAAUCAAAGACUGAUCCAAGGAGCAAUAGCUGCAACGGUCAAAAUGUAGAGCAACGACUGAUGGCUAGAAACAAGAAUCAGCUUACUAUCCAAAGCUUCCACCAGAUGGCAAGCUUGGUUUCAGUAAAGCUGUCAAGCUCAAACUUCCUUCUAUGGAAAUCACAGAUUUAUCCAUUGAUUCGGAGUGCUCAAAUUAUGCAUCACCUUGAGGAGGAAGUGGCGCCAACAAUGACAAUGAUCAAAGAUGAAAAAGAAGUGCUCAAUCCAGAGUAUGAAGUCUGGCUGAAUAAUGAUGGGCUGCUUACAAGUUGGCUGCUUGGAACUAUGAAUGAAGAAGCAUUAAGUCUUGUUGUUGGCUGUGAGUCAGCUUUUCAAAUCUGGAAAAGCUUAGAGGAUCAUUACCUAGCUUCAACAAAGGAGCAAGAAAUGCAUCUCAAAGGAUAGUUGGCGGUUAAACGAGGAGAUGGUGAACCUCUUGAAGAGUUCAUCAGAAAAUUCAAAAGAACUUGUGAUAACUUGGCUGCCAUUCGAAAGCCUCUAGAAGACUUAGACAAGGUGUUUCAACUUUCCAGGGUUGUUGGAACACGAUUUCAACCUUAUAAUCUUGCUGUUCUAUCAAAAGCCCCAUAUCCUACUUUUACUCAAUACAUUGCAGGUUUGCAA